AGAUAUCGGCCACACAGGCAAUUAACAGUUCUGGUAUUAAUAUACCAUUCAAACAUUGGUUUAAGAGCCGUCAGUUGAAAACAAUGUUACAGUUACUAGUAGUGGCGCUCUUGGCGUCAGCUGCGGUGGCCGAAGAGGCCGAGCCCGCGGAAGCGGCGGCAAAACCAGUGCCUCUGGAGGCGAAGCCGUCUGAGAAUGCCGAGCAGACUGUAAUGAAAGACGCGGAGUCCAUACAUCGUAACCGUCAAUUCCUCGACGACUAUGACCAUCUCGACCAUAACAACCUUCUCUACCUCAAGGCUAAGCUUGACGGGCCUGAAAGCCAUCGUGAAGGCCCUAUCAUAGCUCGCAAUCUUCCGAACUCUCACGAAAAGGAUCAUCAAGUUCACAUAUAGCCCUGCGUAUUACGAACCUAUUUGGGUUCUGGACUACAGAUUCCUAAAGUCAGGUGGCAGGAGGUACACGCGUGGACCGGGAGGACAGGUCCUUAUUCUUCCGAGGAGCUACAAGCAUUACAAGGGGGAUGGCAC